AUGGCAAUGCUUAACAGAAAUGGAGCAGUGGCUUCAAUUUUUCUCAUGGCAAUUGCCUCCUGUUUCUUCAAUUUACAGGCAGAGGAGACCGUUACAUGCUCUGCAAAUGACAGAGAAGCUUUGCUGGAAUUCAAGAAAGGAAUCAAAGAAGAUACUACUGAAAUUCUGAAAUCUUGGACCGCCAUGACUGAUUGCUGUGGAAGCUGGGAGGGCGUGGAAUGUGAGCCCAAGAAUGGAAGAGUUAUCAGGCUGAUUCUGCAAAACAGAGCACCAGAUUCAGAAAAUACAUUAACAUUUAUGCGGGGAACUUUAUCUCCUUCUCUGGGAAAUCUAAAAUUUCUGGAGGUGCUGAUCAUAGGCGAUAUGAAGUACAUUAGCGGGACCAUUCCAGCAGCUAUUUCAGGGCUCUCUAAAUUAACUCAGCUUUACAUCGAGAACUGCCAGGUCCAGGGUUCGAUUCCCGCGGAGCUCGGGGAACUCAGCAGUCUCCGUGCACUCUCUCUGGCGGGUAACCGACUCAACGGCCGUAUUCCCGCCGCCCUGGGGAACAUAAAGACCCUGGUUCAGCUAAACCUAGGGAGUAACCGGUUAACCGGUAACCUUCCGGCCGCCAUUAGCAAGCUUCGAGCUCUGGAGAAUCUGGACAUUAACAAUAAUCUUUUGUACGGCCCUCUGCCAGAUUUCAUAGGAUUUUUUAGCAAGCUAACUUAUCUUGACCUGUCAAGAAAUUUCUUUAGCGGUGAAAUUCCCUCAAGCUUUACCAAGCUUUCUGCUUUACUGGACCUAAAUCUUGCUCAGAACAGACUCACUGGCCCUGUUCCUUAUGGAUUAUCUCCAUCUCUGAAUACUCUGUCGCUCGGCAAUAAUAUGCUGAGCGGCCCUGUUCCAGAGUCUCUCAGCCGCUUGUCUAAGCUCUGGUAUUUUAAUGUCUCCAGAAAUCAUUUAUCCGGCGGGCUUCCUAUAACCCUAAGGAAAAGCUCGUCUUUGCUCACCUUAGAUCUUUCUUACAAUGAUCUCCAUUUAGGCAGACUUCCUGACUGGAUAAGCACAAAGGAUAUAACUACCCUGCAUCUGGCCGCCUGCGGAAUUUACCAGCCACUGGAAAUGUGGAAACCCCCUGCUUUGCUUAGCUCUCUCGAUCUUUCCCAUAAUUAUCUCACAGGCGACAUUACGCACAUUUUCAGCAACAUAAGCGGCCUGGAAAUGCUCGCUCUCGCCAACAACAGCCUGAGUUCGAAUCUCCUUACGCUCUCUUUACCUGACACAAUUUCCAGGCUAGAUCUGCAUUCCAACAAAAUCUUCGGCCCUGUAGACGGAAUCCUGAACAAAUUCUCGGAGUUGAAGUUCAUUAACCUAGCGAACAACCAGAUCAAGGGACGGCUACCGGAGAUCACCAGUGAAAGCGGCAUUGAAUGGCUGGAUUUGUCCAGCAAUGAGCUGUGGGGCACCAUUCCGCCGUCGAUCGCGAUGCUAAAGAUGAUCGUACGGCUCGAUUUGUCUGGCAACCGGCUGGUAGGCAAGAUUCCAGGAAAUGUCGGCGCAUUGAAGGAGCUGCGAUGGCUGGAUUUGUCACGGAAUGAACUGAAAGGGAGAAUUCCAGAACAGAUGUUAGGCCUGAAACAUAUGAAGCAUUUGGCGCUGAAGAAUAAUCAUCUGUGCGGUGAGAUUCCUCAGGGGAAGCCAUUAAUUCUGUUUAAAUCUAAUGCUUUUCUUCACAAUGAUUGUCUCUGUGGACAUCCUCUUCCACCCUGCAAGAAAUUCAUGAUGUAA